CCUCCGCUAGGCACACUCAUUGAUGACGGCACGAACGCCGGUGCACUUGAACUUGCCUCUGUACUUGGCUACGGCGGCUAUGGCGUUGUCUACCGCGCCGUCUCGCGAGCUGGCGGCAUAUAUGCUGUCAAAUGUCUCUUGCGCAAUUCGAAUCCUAACAACCCUAAGCAAGCGCAGCGGCAGCGACGUCUUCACAUGCGCGAAAUUGCUCUUCAUCGCCUGGCUGGCGCAGGCGCUCAUCCCGGAAUUGUUCGCCUUCAUCGUAUUAUCGAACCGGCACUGCCUGCAGAAGACGGGUCGCUGUCGCUUCCUUCUCCCUAUACAUUCUUAGUGAUGGAUUACGCACCAUGCGGUGAUCUCUUCACUCUUAUCCUGCACAAGCAGGUAUUUUUAGGCCGCACAGGUCUUGUUGGCCAAGUUUUCGCUCAAUUAGCUGCUGCAGUUUCGCACUGCCAUUCCUUGGGUAUCUUCCACAGGGAUCUCAAACCUGAAAACGUCCUCUGCUGGGACGGCGGAGCAACAGUUCGUCUCGCUGAUUUCGGCCUUGCGACUACGGAGCGUCGAAGCAGGGAGUGGCGAACUGGUAGUGUUUACCACAUGAGCCCUGAAUGCCAGAAUGGCAACGCAAGCUCUCCCCCCUAUUCACCACUUGCGAACGAUAUCUGGUCGCUUGCGAUUCUUCUUCUCAACCUCUUGACGGCCCGUAACCCCUGGGCACGUGCAUCGCCUACCGACCCCACGUUCUCCGCCUACUUGGCAUCACCGCGAAACUUUUUGCCACAAGUUCUGCCGAUCUCAAGCGGCCUCAAUGACGUACUCGUACGCGCACUGGAUGUGCGAUGGGAGCGUCGU